CGCUUGCGCCGUUUUGAUAGGCUUCUGGAGUUGAAGAAAUCUGAGCGCUGCCUCUCAGGAACCGCCCCCGCCUCCUCUUCGCCCCGCCCACGCUUUACCGGCCCCUCCCGAAAUCUCGCGAGGGUAGGUGCGCGUCCGUAUUUUGCGGGCAGCUAGCUCUCUCAGCUGCUGUAAUUGCUGCUGCGGGAAGAAAUUGGAGCUGCUGUCGUCGGCGCGCCCGCCCUCCCCCACUGAGGAGAGCCACCGCCUCUUCUCUCACUCUCCUUAUACACCUAUCGCCGGGAGCGGUGGCAACAGCCGUACCUGGACCCACCGCCGCCUUUUCAGGCGGCCGCUCUGCCGGUCAUUCCCGCAGCCCGGCAACUGCCGGCGGCCCCCUGCCCCUCUCCGGCUUCUCACUUGAGAUCUUCUAUUCCCUCCUCAUCCUCGCCCGGGACCCACCUCCCCACGGUCUCGCCCGGGUGGAGGACGAAGAGGAGGAGACGAGAGUCACCCUCCCUCCAGGCGGCGCCGGCCCCCUCACCCGCGGGUGUGUCCUAUAAAUGGCGUCGGAAAGCGACACCGAGGAAUUCUUUGAUGCCCCUGAAGAUGUGCACCUAGGGGGCGGCUACCCUGUAGGGUCUCCAGGAAAGGUUGGGACUUCAACAUUAAAGGAGACAGAAAACACUGCAUACAAAGUUGGAAAUGAGUCCCCUGUACAAGAAUUGAAGCAAGACGUGUCUAAAAAGAUUAUCGAAAGUAUUAUUGAAGAGAGUCAGAAAGUACUACAGCUUGAAGAUGACUCUCUGGAUUCCAGAGGAAAAGGACACUCUGAUCAGGCUACUGCCAAUCCUGUCGUGGCUGAAACAGAUCUUAGCAAUAUACCUGUACUGUUAGCCAUAGAUCAAGUACUACAGGAAGGUUCCCAAAAGGCAGAAAGUCAAGAUGUAUCUGAAGAAACUGAAAUAGAAUCACAAAAGUGUUUUCCUUCUGAUGAUACAUGUGAGAAGCCAGUAGAUGAAACCACUAAGUUAACUGAAAUAAGUUCAGCUGAACAGCUUAAUGUGCCUGAAACUGAAACGGAAAUGUUGAACAAGGAAGCAGUGGAAGUCAAAGAAAGCGAUGUUCUAGAACCCGCAUCCUCACACUCCUUAUCUACUAAAGAUUUUGCUGUUGUGGAAGAAGUUGCUCCUGCCAAACCCCCAAGACAGCUUACUCCAGAACCUGAUAUAGUAGCUAGUACAAAGAAACCUGUUCCAGCACGUCCACCCCCUCCAACCAAUUUCCCACCUCCUAGACCCCCACCUCCAUCUCGACCUGCUCCACCACCAAGAAAAAAGAAAAGCGAAUUGGAGUUUGAAGCUCUUAAGACACCUGACCUAGAUGUUCCCAAAGAGAAUAUUACACCUGAUACUCUCCUAACUACAAGUCUGGCUUCAGAGAGUACAGUCAAAGAUUCUCAGCCUUCUCUUGAUUUGGCAAGUGCUACCAGUGGAGAUAAAAUAGUUACUGCCCAGGAAAAUGGAAAAGCACCUGACGGGCAGACAAUAGCAGGUGAAGUGAUGGGUCCUCAGAGACCCAGGUCCAACUCUGGGAGAGAGCUUACUGACGAGGAAAUUUUAGCCAGUGUAAUGAUUAAAAACCUGGACACUGGAGAAGAAAUACCUUUGAGUCUUGCAGAAGAGAAGCUGCCAACAGGUAUUAAUCCUCUCACUCUACACAUCAUGAGAAGGACUAAGGAAUAUGUAAGUAAUGACGCAGCACAGUCAGAUGAUGAAGAGAAGUUACAGUCUCAGCAAACAGAUACUGAUGGUGGAAGGUUAAAACAGAAAACGACUCAACUAAAGAAGUUCCUAGGGAAAUCAGUAAAGAGAGCAAAGCACCUUGCUGAGGAAUAUGGUGAACGUGCUGUAAAUAAAGUUAAAAGUGUUAGAGACGAAGUGUUUCAUACUGAUCAAGAUGAUCCUUCUUCAAGUGAUGAUGAAGGAAUGCCAUACACAAGACCAGUUAAAUUCAAAGCAGCGCAUGGCUUCAAAGGACCAUAUGAUUUUGAUCAGAUCAAAGUGGUACAAGAUCUUAGUGGUGAACAUAUGGGAGCUGUUUGGACCAUGAAAUUUUCUCACUGUGGCAGAUUACUUGCCUCAGCUGGACAAGACAAUGUAGUAAGAAUAUGGGCUUUAAAAAAUGCUUUCGACUACUUCAACAAUAUGCGAAUGAAAUAUAAUACCGAAGGACGUGUGUCCCCAUCACCUUCUCAGGAAAGUCUAAAUUCAUCAAAAUCUGAUACAGAUACAGGGGUAUGUAGUGGAGCUGAUGAAGACCCAGAUGAUAAAAAUGCACCAUUUCGACAAAGGCCAUUUUGCAAAUAUAAAGGACAUACGGCUGAUCUCCUUGAUCUUUCAUGGUCUAAAAACUACUUUCUGCUUUCUUCUUCCAUGGAUAAAACAGUCAGAUUAUGGCACAUUUCCAGAAGAGAAUGCCUUUGCUGUUUUCAGCAUAUAGAUUUUGUCACUGCCAUAGCUUUCCAUCCAAGAGAUGACAGGUAUUUUCUAAGUGGGUCAUUGGAUGGAAAACUCCGCCUUUGGAACAUACCUGACAAAAAAGUGGCUUUGUGGAAUGAAGUAGAUGGUCAAACAAAAUUGAUCACAGCUGCAAAUUUCUGUCAGAAUGGCAAAUAUGCAGUGAUUGGAACAUAUGAUGGCAGGUGUAUUUUCUAUGAUACAGAGCAUUUGAAAUACCACACACAAAUACAUGUCCGAUCUACCAGAGGGCGUAACAAGGUCGGAAGAAAAAUUACUGGCAUUGAGCCUUUACCUGGAGAAAAUAAGAUACUGGUAACCUCAAAUGACUCCAGAAUCAGACUAUAUGAUCUUAGAGAUUUGUCACUGUCCAUGAAGUAUAAGGGGUAUGUCAACAGCAGCAGCCAGAUCAAAGCAAGUUUCAGCCAUGAUUUUAGUUACCUCGUUAGUGGCUCAGAAGAUAAGUAUGUUUAUAUCUGGAGUACUUACCAUGACCUAAGCAAGUUUACUUCAGUCAGGAGGGAUCGUAAUGACUUUUGGGAAGGUAUUAAAGCCCAUAAUGCAGUUGUCACAUCAGCCAUCUUUGCUCCAAACCCAAGUUUAAUGUUGUCUUUGGAUAUGCAAUCUGAAAAAUCAGAAGGGAAUGAUAAAGGUGAAGAUGCUGAGGUUUUAGAUACCAUGCCCUCUGGUAUUAUGAAGACAGAUAACACAGAAGUUCUCCUCUCUGCUGACUUCACUGGAGCAAUCAAAGUGUUUAUUAACAAAAGGAAAAAUGUAUCUUAAUUUGAAAUGACAUUUAAAAUAAACAUAUCAGCAAGUUUCUAUAUGUAUCAGAACUGAAAAAUAUGAUAGUGUUUCAGGCUAACAUCCUUUUUUAAAAUUUUCAUUGGAAGUUGUUCAAAUAUAAUAUAUUUUUUGAGGGGCAAUGUUAAUGAUCUAGUAAACCCUGGACUGAUAGAAUAGAAAGGAAUGUAGCUAGAAUAACAUUGUCAAACAUGAGGCUUUAUGUUUUGUUAUGUUUGUGUUUUUUGUUAUAUAAUUGUGAACAUGCACAGGUCUAUGCAUGAAUAUAUAAUAUAUUAAUCACAUGUGUGUGCCUUUUGGUUACAUGCACUAAAUCUAACAGAGUUAAAUUAUUUCAGUGGCUCUUUUGGCCUCUUAUCGGGGGUGGGGAAACUUGUUUCUAGCUUAAAUAAUUUCUUUUGCACAAAAUUUCAUUUUUAAGAAAAGUGGUAUCUUUUGACUGAGUUAUUGUUUUGAAAAUGUUAUAUAGGUUUUCAGUAGGUCAACAACCAUGUGUAAAUGGUUUUUAUAAAUUUCUCAAUUUGGGGACAAUUUUUUUUGUGUGUGUGGUCUAAAUUGUGGACUUAAGAUUCUUUUCUUUGUAUAUGUAUAUAUAAUUUUUUUUUUUUGCCACACUGGAGCACAAUGUUUCUAUGUAAAGAAUUCUUUUCAUUCUUUAUCCAUGAGCACCAGGCUUUGCUCACUUAAAAAAAAUUAAGCCGCAUUAAGGAGUGAGUCUUCUUUUUUACAAUAAUGUAAAAAUGAACUGUUUACAUUUUUUUAAAGCAUUGCAGUUUUAAAAAUUAAGCAGUUUUGUUUUGUGUUGUUGAAUUUGAAAGCCUUUGUAAAUAUUGAUAUAAUGUACCAAUGAAAUAACAUCUGGGGUGAUGGAACCCUGAUCAUGUUGUUGAUGGUUAGCAUAUGUUUCUGAAAAUUAAAUAUGUAUUAUUAAAAGUUGGUCACCAACACUUGUUAAACAUGUGACUUUAUUUUCAGAUGACUUCAGUAAAUGGAGGAAUGUGAAAAAAAACCCCAGUCUUUUUUUAUAAGUUGAUGUUUAGCAAGCAGAAGACCAAAUUUUGGACCCCUAAAUUACAAUGUAUUAGCUACAUAUCUUUCAGAGAAAAAAAAAAUUAAUUCUGGUUCUAAAAUGAACACUGCUUAGCGUUCAUCUAUAUGCUUAUAUGUUUUUUACUACAUUUGUUUUCACUUACGUGAAAAGCUGGGGAGCCACAAUCACAUCCUUGUUAACAAGCAUGGUUUUGGGAUUUCCUGGAUUUUCUAGUUGCAUAUUGCAUAUCGUUUGCCUUGGUUUUACCCCUGUGCUGCUUUCUGCCUCUUGCCGGUGCAAUACUUCUUCCUUCCCCUCCUUUCCCCGCCCUCACUCUCCUCUCCCCACCUCUCUGCUGACAGAUGGAGUUGCUGUGCCAUUGGCUUUCCAACCAGUCACUUUCUUAAAGUCUGGAUAUCGGUGUGAUUGGUCUAGUGUCUCAGAGAACUUGAUGUCUUUCAACUCUGAGACAAUUUGGCUUUCACUGACUUCUGCUUGAGGAUUUGUAGUCUGUUGCGGUGCUUCAGUGGUUCAAGUACAGAUAAUCAGGAUGUUGCCGUAUGAAUAUGAAUACUUCCUGAUAGGUUUUAUUGGUUUCUUAAACAAAAAGGCAAAUAGUUGAGAUGCAAGCAUAAGAAAAUAAUACUGACACUUCUAAGUUUAGUUUUUAAAAUGUGGGCUAUCACUAUGUAAAUACACUGCAAAGUUACAUCAAAAAGUAGGUUUGGAAAGGUAGCAUCAAGAUGUAUACAAAGAAAGUUGAACAAUAUUUCUUCCUAAAAUGAGUAUUAGAAACUUACUAUAAUAAGUGGUAUUGGGAGUUCCCACUGUGGCAGAGCGGGUUAAGGAUCUGGUGUUGUCUCUGCAGCAGCACGGGUUUGAUCCCCAGCCUAGUGCAUUGGAUUCGAUCCCUGGCCUAGGAACUUCCAUAUGCCGUGGGUGUGGCCAAAAAAACAAUAAUAAUAAAUGUUGUGGUGUUACAUGAAAGAGCAGAUUGUAGAAUUAUAUAAACUUGGAUUUGGUUUCCUCUAUUAGCACCUUCCUCGGGCAAGUUAUUCUAUUUUAAUCUCCAUGUCCUUAUAUGUAAUAUGAGACUAUCUAACUGAAAUUGUAAAGAUUUACUGGAAAAUCAUGUAUGUGUAAAGUUUGGUAUCUAGCCAGUAGGUGUACUCAAUAAAAAAUAAAAAAAAA